GACGUCAGCACGCUUGCAGCCUAGCAGCAGAAAAUACGGCGUAAACAAAGCAGACAGCUACAAAUCAGCUAACGUUAAGUAGCAAAUGUUUUAGAUUGAAAUACGAGUUUUAGCUGCAUUCGGCUAAACUGUAAAAUGUUUCGGUGUCUUAAUUUGUACGACUUUUAUUUCUAAUAUGGUAAAAGACUCGUUUAUAAACGCUAAAAUUGACAAAAAGCGAGUUACCAGGGUACCGUUAAUGCUAACUCCGUUAGCUUUAUGUAACCGCAGAUAACGGGACUUGGUUAUUCUAUUUCUGUAAAUAGAGGAGCCAUAGAUUUACUUUUAUGAAUAACGAAUGGUAUCGGUUACUUGAAUAUCCACCACUAGCCAUGUUACUCCUGGUUGACGAUGAUUUUGUUUAUGCUGUCAUGAGUUAGCUCGCAAUGUAGCUAACUGAAGGUAAAGUCGAUCAGCUGUUUUAACGGGGCUGAAGAGGUGGGAGGCUUCUGGCUAGAUGACCACUUGACUGCAGUCAUCUGGACUCGGACUGCGAUGUUUAGCCUGAUGGCAAACUGCUGCAACUGGCUGAAACGAUGGCGAGAGCCUGCAAGGAAGGUGACUCUGGUGAUGGUGGGUCUGGAUAAUGCAGGAAAGACGGCCACAGUGCGAGGAAUCCAAGGAGACAAUCCCCAGGACGUGGCUCCCACCGUAGGUUUCUCCAAGGUCGAUCUCAAGCAGGGGAAGUUUGAGGUGACUAUCUUCGACCUGGGUGGCGGGAAGAGGAUACGUGGAAUCUGGAAGAACUACUACUCCGAGUCACAUGGGGUGGUGUUCGUGGUGGACUCCAGUGAUGUCCAGAGGAUUCAGGAGACGAGGGAGACGAUGGCAGAGGUCCUGCAGCAUCCGCGCAUCGCUGGGAAACCAGUGCUAGUGCUUGCCAACAAACAGGACCAGGAGGGAGCGCUGGCCGAGGCAGACAUCAUUGAGAACCUGUCGUUAGAGAAGCUUGUUAACGAGAACAAGUGUCUGUGUCAGAUCGAGCCAUGCUCUGCCGUCCUAGGCUACGGCAAAAAGGUGGACAAGUCCAUCAAGAAGGGGCUGAAGUGGCUCCUGAACAAUAUUGCCAAAGACUAUGAGGCCAUAACGGAGCGUGUGCAGAAGGACACGGCUGAGCAGCGUGCUCUGGAGGAGCAGGACAAGAAGGAGAGGGCGGAGAGGGUGCGGAGGAUACGAGAGGAGAGAGAACGGCAGGAGCGAGAAGAGGCAGAACGUGAAGGCAGGCAAAUCCAGGAAGAAGAAGCUGACGAUGAGAACAUGCCCAGCCCCUUUCAGCCAAUCAGCAACGUCAUCUGUGAAAAUGAAGACAGAGAAAAGGAGAGGAAAAGACAAAAAGAGCUGCAAGAGGGUCGAAGCAACAACCAGCAGAUGGCAGAAAUGGAACAUGAAGAAGAGGAUGAAGACGAGAAUGAGGAGCAAGACGACACGAGACAAACGGCACAGAAUGGCAGCACAGCAACGACAGGAGAGCAGGACAAGAAGAAGACGAGGAAGCUGCACCUGAAGAGGAAGCACAGAGUGGACCCUCUGAGGACGGAAGACGGGCCGAUGGAGAGCCCCACGCCUCCUCCUCCACCAGUGGGAUGGGCCACUCCUAAAGUUUCUAGGCUGCCAAAACUCGAGCCACUCGGGGACACGAAACACUCUGAGUUUUACAAGAAGCCUCUCCCACCCGUCGCGAACAGGCCGCGGCCUAAUGGCGACACUCAUGACAUCAUUUUUUAAGCUUUUCUUGAGAUUGAGCUCCUCCAAUCAUCUUUGUGCUUUCUGUCUAAAGUGAGCGGGGUGUAGACAGCCAGGGCAAGGAAAGUGCUGGAGCUUACAAGUGCCGAGACACUACGGACACAGAGCAUCAUGGGAACUGGAGUCCUGCUCGGAGCCUGACACAUUUCAGUGAGAAACUUUGAACCUGCUUUGAAUCAGGUUCUGUUUUCACUCUACAAAGGCACGUUUGAUGCUGAACUCUGAACUGAAACUUAAUUUUUUUACUUUUAUCAUCAGUGUUAAUUUUCUGGACUCUGUGUGACUGAAACACUUUCUGUUUGUCAAAUAAUGUAAAUAUGUCCGUUAUAACUUUGUCUGUCGCAGAACAACGGAUUUGUACACACGCAGCCAUUAAAAAUGACCAUAUUAUACUGUUUAAGUUUUAUACCUUUGAUUUUGUAGUGUUAAAAAAAGGUGCAAAGAUAUCGGAGAUGCACUUGAAUGUAGAUUGAAACAUAGACAGGUUUUAAGUGGCUUUUCACGCAGCUGAGUGCUUUAAUUUUGUUAUUUUUUAAAGGAUAAAUGCCACUUUUACAGAAGAUGCAGCUUAAAAAAGAAAGUUUAAGAAACUAGUCCUCACAGGUGCAUUGUGGGAAUGAUUUUAAAAGUCUUAAACUUCAUAAAGAUUGUUAAUAGAUCAUUUAAGACAUGAUUGUCUCGACUGAUGUAACUUGUGAUUUUUAAACCCCAGAAAAGAAACUAGCUGUCAUAUCUGUACGUACGCCAGCAGCAUCUUGUCAUAUUUAUUGUCAAAAAUGUAAAAGUUUAAAAAUAUAUUUGUCUACAGGGCUACAGAUUUUUGUACGCGUUCUGCUGUUUACACUGUGUACCUGAUUUUAAAGUGAUAUUUCUCCCGAGGCGGGAAUCAGCCUCUCCGGCGGCCCCCGAGGUCUGAGCCAGCACUGCUCUUAUUCCAGCAAAUUCUCACUUUUUUCCCCCGCUGCACCUCUUUUAAAAUAGCUGAAGACAGCGAAAAGUUCAACUUUAAAUGUACCAAAACAAAUGUGGGAGAGAAAAAAGUCAAACUUGGAACACUCCAUCGCCCCAAUUAAGCAUUGGAAGAGAAACAGUAGGACGAUUCAGGAGAAAGAAAGUUUGACUACAUCAACACCUGGAACAGCCGAUAUUGGGUCAGAGCACCUGAGAGUGUAGCAGAAGUAAACACAUGAAAUAUCACUUUAAAACCAACAUAUUCCAGUCAAAAUCUGCAGCACAGCACUGACUCUUCUACAUGAACUCUAUCUUUAAGCAAAAUAUUUUUUCUACCCUGUUUGAAUUUUAUA